GACUUCGGCAGCCUUUCCAGGCCCGGCCCCUUUGGAGGCGGUUCCCGACCCCAAGCGCGUGACUCGACCUCAUUCGGUGGUUCCUUGGAGGAGGGCUGGUUGGCGGAGGCUCUUUGGUGGAAAGACCGGAGUGGCGGAUGGCGAGCGGGGUUAUCAAGUGUAAGGCAGCUGUCGCCUGGGAGGCUGGUAAGCCAUUGUCCAUCGAGGAGGUGGAAGUUGCAGCUCCGAAAGCUCAUGAAGUUCGCAUCAAGAUUGUUGCCACUGCUGUGUGCCAUACUGAUGCUUACACCCUAAGUGGUUCUGAUCCAGAGGGCUCCUUCCCUGUGAUUCUGGGUCAUGAAGGAGCAGGAGUUGUGGAGAGUGUUGGGGAAGGAGUGACCAAAUUUAAACCAGGAGAUUCAGUCAUUCCUCUGUAUAUUCCACAAUGUGGAGAAUGCAAGUUUUGUUUAAAUCCAAAAACAAACCUUUGCCAGAAAAUAAGAGUCACCCAAGGAAAAGGACUGAUGCCAGAUGGUACCAGUAGAUUUACAUGCAAGGGAAAGCAAAUUCUUCACUUCAUGGGAACAAGCACCUUUUCUGAAUACACUGUUGUUGCAGAUAUUUCUCUGGCUAAAAUAGAUGCUUCGGCUCCUUUGGACAAAGUCUGCCUUCUGGGUUGUGGGAUUUCUACUGGCUAUGGCGCAGUUGUCAACACUGCCAAGGUGGAACCUGGUUCUACUUGUGCCGUCUUUGGCUUGGGUGGAGUUGGGCUGGCGGUAGUCAUGGGCUGUAAAGUGGCUGGCGCAUCCCGGAUCAUCGGAAUUGACCUCAACAAAGACAAGUUUACAAAAGCAAAGGAAUUUGGGGCCACGGAGUGCAUCAGCCCACGAGACUUUCAGAAGCCUAUCCAGGAGGCCCUUGUUGAGUUGACAGAUGGUGGAGUAGAUUAUUCAUUUGAGUGUAUCGGUAAUGUUGGUGUUAUGAGAUCAGCUUUGGAAGCAUGUCACAAAGGCUGGGGAGUCAGUGUGAUAGUUGGGGUUGCUGCUGCUGGUCAAGAGAUUGCCACUCGCCCAUUCCAGCUGGUCACUGGACGAACAUGGAAAGGGACUGCCUUUGGAGGUUGGAAGAGUGUUGAAAAUGUACCAAAGUUGGUCAAUGAAUAUAUGUCUAAGAAGAUAAAAGUGGAUGAAUUCGUGACUCAUAAGCUACCUUUUGACAAAAUCAAUGAGGCUUUUGACUACAUGCACGCAGGAAAAAGCAUCCGAACUGUUCUGAAGUUUUAAGGCACGUGUCAAAGGAACUCUGACCCUGUAGUAAAACGCUGCACACACUGUGAUUAUACCUGCAAAGACACAGUUUGAGCUGUCAAGUUAAUCAUGGGUAACUAUAGAGGAAAAUGAGUCUGACCUUAUGCUCCUUUAACGGUAUGAACUAGUUCUGUUAUAAGCAACUACUUUUGCCCUUUGUGUUGUGCCAGGAGUCUGACAUAAGUGAAUAAAUCUUCAAUUGUAGACAA